AUGGCGUGGACAGUCUCAUUCAUGAGCAGUGUUGCGGCCACAAGCACUUGCAGCGUUGAUCGGGAUGUGUUUGUGCCUCUUUGCUCUGAGAAGUCGCGAUGGACGGCCGUCGCUAUGCUUGGGGUGAUUAAGGCUGGCGGCAUCAAGGGCCCAUGGACUUCUCUACCAGCGGCCCCGGGAGAUGCCCUCUAUGCUGUCUUCACUUCCGGCUCAACUGGCACCCCUAAAGGAGUAGUUAGCAACCAUUCAUCAUCCGGUGCUGCGAUCCGUCCGUAUAGUCAAGCCGUCGAGUUUGAUAAGGAUUCGCGAUUUUUCCAAUUCGCUUCCUAUGCAUUUGACGUUACCAUCUUUGACACGCUCAUGGCUUUGAUCAAUGGUGGAUGUAUUUGUGUCCCCUCGGAUGAUGACCGCUAGAGCGAUGUCACAACGGCAAUUCAACGAUUCCGAGCUACCCACUGUGGCUUCACGCCAACCGUUGC